CAGUUAUGAGCUGUUUCUUAUCUCAGUGCAAGGACAACAAAAUAUUAAAAAGAUAAUGCCAUUUGGUCACACUGUCCUCACAACAUGGAUUUUAUUCCAGUACUUUGAUGUAGUGAGGUCAUGGCAGGCAAUUUUGGUAAAGCCCUCACUGUUUGUACGGUCGGGUUCAUCGGCUGAGCUGACCUGCACAUAUAAUACACACAUCUCAGAGGGCUUCACCCUGGAGUGGCGUUACGCUUCUCCAGGAACUUCUGCUGUCCAAGCCAAGAGGCUGCUGUACUACAAUGGGAGGGUAUACUGGGUGAACUCUUGGGAUGGAAGGAUGGCUCUUGUACAGAACCCUCCAGUGUCAGGUGUCGCUUCCAUCAGGAUUGUCAGUGCCCAACCAUCUGAUGCUGGGCUGUAUAUUUGUGAGGUGACUAACCCAAAUGACUGGUCCGGCAGCGGACAAGGUCUAAUCAAUCUCACUGUACUAGUUCCUCCAUCAGUGCCAGUAUGUCAGCUGCAGGGAGACACUUACAUGGGAAAUGAUGUCACUCUGAUUUGUCAGUCCUCCCAGGGUCUCCCCACACCCAUCUAUUCAUGGCACAGAGAACAGAAUGUAGCCGCUCUGCCACCAGACAGUUUCAUUGAAGAUCAGCACACCGGCUCUCUGAUAUUGCGCAACCUGUCUGAUGCCUUUGCUAGUACCUACACAUGUAAAGCGUCUAAUGAGCUCGGUCAGGCAGUGUGCAGCAUAACCCUCAGAGUGACCUAUGGAGGAAGAAGCGCAGCUGCAAUUGGUGGAGUGUUGAUGGGAAUCUUCUUCGUUCUUCUGCUGUUUGGUGUGACAGUUUCUUAUAUCACCUGGAACAGGAAGAAGCACAUCCAGAAAAUGUAUGCAAAUGAGCUUAGUCAGGUGAACAACAAUUCAGCACCUCAUCAGCAGAGUGGAGGGAAAGUACUUCCCGUUCAAUCGGAUACUGAAGACUUGAAAGUGUCUCACUUUAGUCCACUUGUUUAGUCUCCUCAGACACUGCUUUUGCAUCUGUCUGCAAUAAAGUCUACAAUAAAAAAUACUUUUUUUAACCUAA